AUGCACGACGGAAGCUGCCCCAAGUGCGGUGCCGCCUCAGAGGGCAAGUCCUGCGGCAGCUGCGGAGCUACCUGCCCCAACUAGCAGACUUCCCCUUCCCGUCGUUUACCCUCCCCACCAACUCCCAACGGCAUCGGUUCCUUCUGUCUCAACUAGACAGCCAACUCCCCCUCCACAAUCUCACCCGUCCACAUCGCCAACAAGAACAACGGAAAAGACACCACCAACAAAAGGGCUUUACCGGGUUCAUAGGCCGUCAAGCAGGAGUUAUGUCUACCUAGCCAAUGUUCGAAAGGUGGUGGACGACGGAGAAACUACUCCUUGAUUUCCAAUUCUUUUUUCUCGCUGUUUUUUGGUAUUUUAUUUUGUUUCCAUGA